AUGAAGUGGCUUUCGGCGAGAUCUCAUGCUCCCAUACUCAAAAUCACCAUAAAAGAUCCUAGACCAAGUUACACAGCAUGGGACCGGGUCGAAGGCACAGUGACGGUGACUGCCCCCUAUGACACGAAUGUUAACAAUAUUCAGAUCACUUUUGAAGGCUCCUCGCGGGUGACUUUACCGCGGCCAAUUACCGAACUCCGUGAACCUGCAGCCUGCCACACAUUCCUGAAGCUCCAACAACCCAUUGAAACUCCUACCUCGCCCACUCAUGUCCCCGGAAGAACUUCCACUUAUCCAUUCUGUUUCGUUAUUCCCGACGAACUGCCUCUCGGGUCUUGCAUACAUGAAAAGAGCAAUGGCUGUGUCGAUCAUCGGCAUGCUAAGCUUCCACCAACACUGCGAUUCGCCAACUUGUCUCAGGAACUUUGUCGGAUUGCGUACUCUAUUCGUGUAAUGGUUUCCUACCAUAGGGCAAACGAUGACAAGAGCGGGAGAAUAACUACUUCUACAAAAGAUAUACGAUUUGUCCCUCCGCAUCAGCCGAACCACCUCCCGCGGAGCCUGCAGACAUUCGUAACAUUGCAACUCAAUUCGAAGCAGCAAGCGCAGAACAAAGCAUGUCUUUCUCUGGGGAAGUUAUCUGUGGAAGGCUCCUCCAUACAGCUGACGCAGGGGCGCUGGGGUUCCUCGGAUGGCUCCUCCGACGCAUAUAUCACCAUACCGCUUCGCUUCGAAGCAGCGGGAGAAGCGAAGCCUCCUCAACUACGAAACCUACAUUAUACGCUCAAGGCUUCAACAUUCUUAGCGACAAGGCCGAGUACCAAACAGCUCAAGCACCGUGAGGCACAAUACCGACAAGCACAUGUCGAUAAUAUCACGAUGCGAUCAGAGGAUAUCUCAUCUACGCAAUGGGUCAGGCAUGAGCCAGCCCCUGAGGACUGGCUCACCGAGCAUCAGAGCGAUGAGAGAGUAUACUACACAACAUCCAUACAUUUCCCUUUGCGCAUGCCUCGGAACGAACACCUCAUACCAUUUUCUACGUGUCUUCUCUCACGAGCCUAUCUUCUCGACAUGCGUAUGUCGUAUUCUACGCCCGACUCGAGUGGACGUCGUCAAUCGUUGGAAGCUACGCUGCCAGUUGAGAUCGCGGGGUCUUAUGACAAGUAUAUUGACAAGGGGCCGCUAUACGAUCCGCUAGGUGAACCAUGUUUAUUUUAUUGGGAUGCCGAGCCACCACCAUAUCAUGGCCAUGAAUUAUCUCGCUCCAGCGAUGUUGUGUCCUUGAGGAAGGGACAACAUACCAGUGUUUACCACCAUAUGGUGACUUCCUGA